CGACACUGUGUCUCGUGUUUACAACUUUCGGAAACAAACAAACGACGAGAGUGAACUUGACGAACGAGCUGGUUAUUGAUUUCCGCAGCAAUUUCAGUUUUUACAUGUACAAUCACCGAAAUUCCUCAACCGAGUCCCAAUAUAAUUUUACGCUAAGAAAAGCAACCAUGUUCACUGUGGGUAGAAUCGACUACCCGAUACCACCUUCGUCGAAUAGGAUUUUAAUGACAGCAGACGAGAUCACGUUGGCCAGUCGGGCUCUGCAGACAAUGGUCCAAAUGUCAGACACGAAAGCUGCAACUGCAACCUUUUCACACAAAGUCCAGGGACAAGUGGCGGAAGUGAAAACUGAUAAAUCGAUUCUUUCCGAUUAUCUGUCAUCCCAACCCAAGUCAAUGAAAUCCACAGCAGCAGGAAAAGACAAUUCUAAAAACGAAGCGGAAAUUGCGGAUUCGCUUAUCUUCAAUAAACGGCGGAGUUCUCUCCCUUCGUUCACGACUCUUGGAGGUCAGGGCCAAUAUAAACGAAAAGGCUCGUUGACCGAUUCUAUUGACAGGGAACUCCGCAGUAUGUGUAAAAACUCCAUAGAAGAGAGACGCCUAUUGGACACAUACACAGAGCUUGACAAGCAGUCCUUUGUUGGCUCACAAGAACAUCGUUUUCAGAAGAAACAGAUCUUCAAGGACCACAAAAAGAUGCUAAAACGGUCGCCGGCAGCAGAAGAGUGGCUCAACCGGCGCAAAGCCCGUACAAACAUGUGGCAGGAACGCGAACGAGAGGAAAUCGCCAAGCGAUACAGUCGGCGCGCGCGUCACUUCCGCGCGCCACCUGACCUCCAAGAAACCGUGGCCAAAAUCAGAUCUUACGCCAUGGCGGGGGCGGGAGUUCUUCAGUCGUCUGCUCCAGAAUACAGCGAAGCAAACGGCGAUGAUUUCGAAGAGGUUAGCUCCAAACUAGUGAUGCUAAACCUGGCUCGUCGACAUUCAGGCGAUAAUCUGGACACAGCGUUACCAAAACUGGACAAAAUGGGAAAACUAGCUGAACGGAGAAUGACACUGGGAGAUAUCAAAGCGGUCAAGGACGUUCUGGAGUUCCGGUCCCUCUCCAGUACAAGAGUUUAUCUUGAAGAUUUACAAAAAUCCAGGUUGCAUAAAGACUGUAGUAAUGAGCAUGAGUUUGAAACGAGCAGUCGCUUUGAAAGAUCAGAAACGAGCAAGAAUGCCACAGAAACUGCCGAAGAUUUGUCUGUAAAUUGUCUUUGAAAAAAAAAUAGGCAAGAAACAUGUAGUUUGCGAUUGUGUCUAUUAAGUAAUUCCAUGAUUUUAUAAAACAAGUAUAAAGCAAGCUUGUAAAGGCACACAAAAAAAUAAAAUAAAAAAAUAAAAACAAGAAAAUAUAAGGUCUACGAUAGUAUAGGCCCAAUAGUUAAAGAAAUGGGCAUUAAAAAGGUAAAAUAUGAUGAAAAAUUUCUGUAACUACUAUCAACGAUUGUUUAUUUCCAUUUUUUGCAUUUAAAAGUUUGAUUAGUUGAAGGUCCUUCUACGUUUUAUUUUCUACUUUUUAGUAUUUAUGAAAUGUAAACAUGUAUUGUAUAUAAAAAUCAACAUUUAUACUGUAAAAAGAAUUAAUAAUAAUAUCGAACUUAAUCAAGUUAAAACAAUGUUAAUAAAAGUUCAAUAAAAAGAUAAUAACAACUUGGCUAGAGAGACGUA